GCCAGCCCCUGGGGCAGCAGAGCCGCAGGACGCGGAGACCAGCAGCCCCCGGGGCUUGGCGCCCCAGCGGGAGGCCGCUGACACCCACCAGGUGCUGUCAAGCCGCCGGAAGCCUCGGCCCCCACGCACCGGCUGUGUGACCUAAGCUCACGCUCGGUGCUUCCUUCCCUCUUAGCAGAAGGGGCAUCAUAGCGUCCUGCUGAGGUGUGAAUGAGUUCAUGGACCUCAGGUGCCUAGAACAGGUUCUCGAACACACUACAGGUUUAACAGGUGUUUGCGCUUGAUGCUUUAUCAUUGUUUUUGGUGGUUUUGGGGAGAGGUUGGUGGAGCUGCAUGACCCUGCUGGGAAAUCCACGUAGUGAUGGUAGCCUCAGAAUCUAACUUGAGGGAGAGAGUGUGAAUCCAGGGCAGCCCGAGGCUGAUUCCCGUGAGCUGGAGGUCGACACACCUCCAGUCUCCAGCCCUCUGUACCACGGCACCCCCUCCUGGGCUCAACAGCCCGUUGCAAUAGCUGCACAGAACUUAGAGACCGCUGUUGUUAGGUGCUGUCAGGUCCGUUCUGACUUGCAGCGACCCUGUGUACAGCAGAAGGAAACACUGCCCGGUCCUGCGCCAUCCUCACAGUUGUUGUUACGCUUGAACCCACUGCUGCAGCCACUGUGUCAAUCUGUCUUUUUGAGGGUCUUCCUCUUUUUCGCUGACCAUCUACGUUACCAAGCGCGUCCUUCUCCAGGGACUGAUCCCUCCUAAUAACAUGUCCAAAGUAUGUGAGACGUAGUCUUGCCAUCCUUGCCCCUAAGGAGCAUUCUGGUUGUACUUCUUGCCAGACAGAUUUGUUCAUUCUUUUGGCAGUCCGUUGUAUAUUCAGUAUUCUUCACCAGCAUCACAAUUCAAAGGCAUCAAUUCUUCUUGGCUCUUCCUUAUUCAUUGUCCAGCUUUCAUAUGCAUAUGAUGUGAUUGAAAAUACCCUGGCUUGGGUCAGGUGCAGCUUAGUCUUCAAGGUGACAUCAACACUUUAAAGAUGUCCUUUGCAGCAGAUUUACCCAAUGCAGGGCGUCUUUUGAUUUCUUGACUGCUCCAUCUAUGGAUGUUGAUUAUGGAUCCAAGUAAAAUGAAAUCCUUGACAAACUUUAAUAUUUUCUCCAUUUAUCAUGAUGUUCCUUAUUGCUGCAGUUGUGAGAAUUUUUGUUUUCUUUAUGUUGAGGUGUAAUCCAUGAUGAAGGCUGUGGUCUUUGAUCUUCAUUAGUAAGCACUUCAAGUCCUCUUCACUUUUAGCAAGCAAGGUUGUAUGAUUUGCAUAACGCAGGUUGUUUAUGAGUCUUUCUUCAAUUUUGUCGCCCCAUUUUUUUUCAUAUAGCCCAGUUUUUCGGGUUAUUUGCUCAGCAUACAAAUUGAAUAGGUAUGGUGAAAGGACACAGCCCUGAUGCACACCUUUCCUGACUUUAAACCAUGUGGUAUCCCUUUUUCUGUUUGAAUGACUGCCUCUUGAUCCAUGUACAGAUUUCUCAUGAGCACAGUUAACACAUGACAAUGCAUUUAAGUGUUAUUUAUAGUUAAAUGGUUUAUUAAGGAAAUAAGGGUAUAAUUUGGGGUCAAGAAGCAUAUAGGCAAAAUCUCCCUUCUUUACGGCAGGACAACUCUCUCAGUUCCUCCCGGCCUCCUCAGGACAGGCUCCUCGUGGGAGGCGGGAGGACAGGGACACCAGUGUCUGGGGUGCUCACACAGUGUGACAUGUUGCAGUCACCCUGGGGUUCCUGGGCUUCCUGGGCUUCCUGCCUGCUUCCUUGAAUCAGAGUUGGUUUCCAUUUCCUGUGCUGGCCGCCCUCUGCCAGCCCCAACCCAUUCUCGGCCACAUGUGGCCCACAUGGAGCUGCUUGGUCACCCCAGAGCUGAGUCUGCCUUGCUGCUCAGGAGCCCUCCGUAAGCCCAGGGGAGAGAGGGGUGCACUCUGCAUUCAGUCCUCCAGAGUUAGGAACUCCAGUACCUGUAUUCUGCUGGGUCCUGCUCCCCGGAGCCCCCCAGCGCUGCCCUGCUGCCAUACGCCCUGUGGUCUUCUGCCGCCCAAGCUCACCCCCAGGCCCUCUCCCCUUGUCGGGGCUUCCAUGAUCCCACAUGCUGGAAAUGAUGGCUGCUUGAAGCUAGCAAGCCACGUUACCAUUCCUUUGACAAGUUGAUGCUUCUGGAGGCGACACUUGUCCUGCUGGGGACAUCUUUCUGUCCCCCCUUCUUGGGAAACCACCAGCUGGCUCAGAAACUGACAGGCUGUGGGCCCAGGACCCAGGUGACCAAGCGGGAGGUGAAGCCUCAAAGGCCAGCGUUCCCCACAGCAGCGCAGCACAGCGCAGGCAUGUGGUUAGAGGAAAGCUGUCUGCCCAGGAGGCCCCCUCUGCAAUCUCCUGACCCUGAGGGGCCCUUUCCCCAACUGUCCGGCCCAGCUUUGGACCUGGAGCAUGCCAGGCCGGGCCUGGGCAUCUGGGUGCUCCCAGGGGCUGGGCCUCUGUGACCUGAUCCUGCUUUUGGCUCCUCUCUUGAGCAGAGUGGAGGAUGUGAGGGUGCCAUCCCAGUAGUAGCCUGGUUGUUGGCGUGUCAGAAACAAUGUAACAUUGUCCAAGCUUAUCUUCUGAGUAUUGCAAGGAAAAGUCUCCUCAAGCCCACAGUUCCAGAAUGUACCUUUGAGCCAGGGUCGCGGAACUCUGCAAGUUACUGACAGAACAGCCUUGCUUCGGGACCUUGACCUGAGUCUGGCUGCAGCUGCUGCUGGCCUCAGUGUUCCUGCACACACCCUCUGUCCUUGGCCCCGAGGUUUGGGAGGUGGUGAGGGGAAUGCAGAAUGGCUCCUUGAAAGGACUUGUCUGGCCCAGGCUGGGGGCCGGGCAGCUAUGGGCAGAGGGGGUGUCCAGCUUUGCCGUCUUGAGUGACAUGGCCUCUUGUGCUUCCCGCCACACUGAGGGUUCAGGCCACGGAAGGGCUGCUGCUCCCCUUCCAGGGGGUCCACCCACAUGCUAGCCCCCCGCCAAGUGGAGGACCUGGGGGGCUUGGAGGCACAGCCCCUGGGGCCUCGCUAGGCCCAGCCUGAGGCAGCUUUGACUGAGAGUCACUAAGUGUCUUAGUCACCUAGUGCCGCUGUAACAGAAAUACCACAAGUGGAUGGCUCUGACUAAGAAAGUUUAUUUUCUGACAGUUUAUGAGGCUAAGUCCAAAUUAAGGGUGUCAGCUCCAGGGGAAGGCGUUCUCUGUCGGCUCUGGAGGAACGUCCUUGUCCUCAAGUUUGCCGGUCGAGGAGCUUCUGAGGUGCAGGGACCCCCUGUCCAAAGGAUGCGCUCUGCUCCUGGUGUUGCUUUCUUGGUGGUAUGAGGUCCCCCACUCUCUGCUUGCUUUCCUUUCAUCUCUUGAGAGAGAAAAGGUGGUACGGUCCACACCCCAGGGAAACUCCUUUCGCCUUGGUCAGGGAGGUGACCUGAGUAAGGGUGGUGUUACAAUCCCACCCUAAUCCUCUCAACAUAAAAUUACAAUAGAAAAAGGAGGCCAGCCACACAAUACUGGGAAUCAUGGUCUAACCAAGUUGACAUAUAUUUUGGGGGGACACAAUUCAAUCCAUGACACUAAGGGUUCCUUCCCCAAAUGUCCUGCAAAGUCAAAACCCCCUCCCCACUCUCUCCAGGACCCCAGGGGGACAUUUAGGGAGAAGUAAACUGAACGACUCAGAAGAUACUGCAGUCAAGAGUCCAAAACGCGUGGAUCACGGAUCGGAUAAAGCGCCCCACGCACACCCAGAAGAGGAGAUUGUUCUGCUCCACAGACAGCCACUGAGAAAUGGAUGUGGAUCAGCUGGACCUGAACCCAAGAAUUGUUGCAGCAGUUAAGAAGGCCAAGCUACAGUCGGCAAGGGAAGUCCUGCGUCUGUCUGGACCAGACCUGCAACGGCUGACUGGGCUCUCUGGCAUCGAUGCCCGGCGUGUGCUGCAGGCGGCCUCCCUGGGGCUCCGGGGAAGUGGUGUCUUCACAGGUUGCACGCCAGGGUUGCAAUGUCCCUUAAAGCCCGCUCAACCGCGCCCACGACGGCGGCAGCAGAGGGUGAGACUGUCAGAGUGCCACCCCCCGGCCCCGCUCUACACCUCACCUAGGCCACCCAGCCACCCGCCGUCUGGGGAUCCCCAGGGCCUCUUCCCAGCAGCCCCUCCUGGCACUGGGGAGCCUCAUUUCUCAGAAGAGCAUCCAGUUGUACAGUGUGUGAGGGUUUCUGGGGAGUCCUCCAGCCGUGCGGGUCCAGCACUCCAGCUGUACCAGCAGAGGGCGCGGUUUCCUGUGCAGCACCAGCGCCUGAGCCUGGGCUGCCCUGUGCUGGACCGCCUGCUCCGCGGUGGCCUGCCCCUCGAUGGCAUCACCGAGCUGGCCGGAUGCAGCUCUGCUGGCAAGACCCAGUUGGCCCUACAGCUCUGCCUGGCCGUGCAGCUCCCACAGCAGCAUGGUGGCCUGGAGGCCGGGGCUGUCUACAUCUGCACGGAGGACGUCUUCCCAGACAGGCGGCUGCAGCAGCUAAUCACACACCAGCCACGGCUGCGGGCCGGCGUCCCGGGGGAGCUGCUGAGCAAGGUCAGGUUUGGGGACCAGAUCUUCAUCGAGCACGCGGCUGAUGUGGACACUCUGCUGGAAUGUGUGAGCCGGCGGGUGCCCAUCCUGCUGGCACGUGGCAUGGCCCGCCUGGUGGUGCUAGACUCGGUGGCCGCCCCAUUCCGAUGUGAAUUCGACAGCCAAGCCUUGACCGCCAGGGCCCGCCACCUCCAGACGCUGGGGGCUGCGCUUCGCCACCUGAGCUGCUCCUUUCAGAGCCCCGUGCUCUGCAUCAACCAGGUGCACCCCCACCCUUCGCCACUGGGGUCCCUGGCCGGGCAGAGCUGGGGGCGGCAUGUCCUCUGCCAUGGCCUCAGUGGCUCAGGUGCCUGGCUUAUCUUCCAGGUCACGGAGGUGGCAGAGGAGCAGAGGCCUGCUGGGCCACAGGGUUUCUCGGACGAGCGGGUCUCACCAGCCCUGGGGACGGCCUGGUCCAACCAGCUACUGAUGAGGCUGACAGCUGAGCGUGCUCGCGGCAAGGAGGAGCCAGCCCGCACCCUCCGGGUGGUCUUUGCACCCCAUCUGCCGCCCACCUCAUGCUUGUACACCAUUGGCGCAGAGGGUGUGCAGGGAAUGCCAGGGACCGAGUCCUGCUGACGCAGCAUCCACCCAGCCAGGUCCUGAGAGAUGCACUUUUCUGCAUGGGACUGAAGACCUAAAGCCCUGACCCACUAUCCCUCGGGGCCAGUUACAACCUCUCCUUGUGCUGAAGGCCACUCCACCGCCUCCACAGGAAGGAAGAGAGAGACACAUGGGCAACCCCACAGCCGAGAGCUGAGUGCCAUCUACUGCCUGCAGGGGACAGGGAGGUCCACCAGGGCUUACAGCCCCCAGGGGGCUCUCUACAGCCAUAACGCAGGUUCUUUGGGAACUCCACCUCCAAGGGCCUCACAGGGAGCAGCUUCGUAUUCAUCACCAGCCCAGGGGCACCUCCUCCCCUCCUCUGCACACAGGCCGCACCCAGACGGGAGGCAGGGUGGGCACCAGAACAGACCAGGAUGUCCUGGUGAGAACAGGCAGGAGUGCAGCAGACCCUGGCUUCAGGGGCAGGAAGAGUUGGGAUUUGUCACCUUUGCCACCAGCCCAGGCUGGACAGUGGAGAUGUGGCUGUGGGCCUGGUGUGUGGAAGGCCAAUCGGCUGUCCAGAGAGAAUCUUGCUCUAAAACAGAAGUGGCCCUCCUGGCUGUCCUCACGGCUCCCCAGAGCCUGGCAUGGCGUCCCUCAGGCAGGACUGCCCUGAGAACUGGCUGCUGCACCCCGGUCAGGGGUCUGAUUCCAGACGCAGAGUGUGACUGUCCCUCAGUGUGGUGGUCUUGCUUUGUCUGGGCCGUGGACUCUGGGAUCUGACAGCCCACCACACAGCAGGCAUGUCUUUCGUGGUCCCCACUGUACCCCUGCCCCCCUGGGGCCUCACGAUGCUGCCUGAGAUGGUCCACGCCUCAACAGACAGACGUGCAAAACGCUGCCAUCACACCACCUGCCGACGAGCACAGCUCCCACUGGUUCCUGCCCCCUCAGAAUGCCCUUUGGAAGCAGGAACUGUUACCCUAUCUUCAGACAAGGAGACUGAGAACAGUCACGCACCUUAGCUGCCCUCCCCCACUCCGUGACGAGACUCGGAGGCCCAGGUGACGCGGGCAGGGCAAGUGCACAGAGCAGUUCUCACCCUGGGCCGGCCAGCACUGGGCGUCACUGGGGGGCUGUGAUGGUACAGAGGUUUGGUUUGCACCUUUCUAGAGCAGAGGGUUUGUCUAACAUUCCCAUCAGGUUUUCAAAGUGGUCUAUGACCCUGAGAAGACUCAGCCACCGGUCUAAAAAUGGGAAAAUGUCCCUGAGUCUGGAUCUUACGAGUUUUCCUACAGAGACGCAGGGGCUGCACAAUGGGAAGUAAGCACUUUAUUUCUGUAGUUAAAUAUAAACAACUGAGUAAUUUUGUAAAGGAGCCGCACCACCGUUUGCGAAGUAAGACCCCAGUUCCCAGACAGCAUUCAGUGAAGACUCUCCUGGGAGCCCCCGGCCACACAAGUCACUCUGCCCUACCCAAGACAACAGACAGCCAUCUUGGCAGCAGUGGUUGUCCCUGAGACUGUCUGUGCGGGGUGCCCCUCCAGGGAGACGCGCCACGUGCAGAGGCCCCUGAGGAGCCGGGAGUGGCAGGCAGGUGGACGGGCUGGGAGCCGCACCUGGAGCCAGGCCUGCUGGCACUGACGCCUCCUGGCCUCAGGACUCCCAUGAUCAUCUCCACCUGCCCGGGGGUCAACCAUAGCCAGGUCUUCGGGGAGGUCAUGCCUGUGACUGCUUUGUGUUAUUCCCCAUCAUUUUAUACAGCUCCCCAGCACUCCGCCAGCCCCCCUACUGGGGAAGCAGUUCUAACCAGCUCUCGUCUUUGUGACUCGUCCAGUCUGCUGACCACGCCAUGUGGGGCGCUGUCCUAAUACUACAGGUGGCUGAGUCAGGACCAACUUGAUGGCAACAGGGUUAUUUUUUGUUUUUUGGUUUUUUAAGAGCCAUUCUACAGCGUUGCCAGGUCUGCUCACUGCUCAAACCUAAGUGCAAGUAUGAACCCACCAGAAGGUGGCGUCGUAAGUGCGACGUGCCCUCCAAGGUAGCUAGCAAGUGAUGACAACAGGACUCUGUAAACGUCUGUAUCCUCAGCAAUGUGUACGCUUUACCAUAAACUCUGAGUUUCUAACA